AGUACGUGCUACGUCACGGGCAUGCGUCAGUGUAAAGUGUAAACAUUCCUGCACCAGCAGUAGCUUCCUCAGUUUGUAGAGAUAGCUAACAUGAAGUGCCAGCGUUUAAUAUUUCAACCGCGAAAGGUUUCCAGUCGUCGCUGCAUAGGUUAUUACUGUUAAUAAUAAUCCAAGUACGUAUCACAUGAGAAGUUAGACGCAACAUCACUUCGGGUCUUCAGCUAAAAGCUUCAAUGGUGCUGUCUUUGGUGAGCCUUUGUGCCAGGGAGGUGGUGAGUGACCACAGCUCGUCGCCCUCCUGGCUGAGGUGGGUACCCAGGGAGCUGUACAGACCGCUGCUGGAGGCCGCCUUCACCGGCAGCAGACCGCUGGCUGUGGGCGAGCUGGUACAGAGAUGGCCUGAACGCACCCUGCGUGUCGGGGGACGGAGGAAACAGGGGCAAACAGCCCCAAACCGACUCUGUAUCCAGGCUUUGUUACUUGCAGUUGUCAGAGGACUCUCGGAUCAAAGGUGUGCACUGCAAGUUGUGGACCUCUGUGGACUGCAAGGAGAUGAGGGAGGGAUGGGAGACCCGAUGGGUGGAUGGUCUCUGACUGUAGCUCUCUGCACCAUGGUUGUUCAGGCCAGGGCUGGAGCACAGAGGGCACAAAGGAGAGAAGGAGAGCGGGAGAGGAAAAGGUUCUCAGCUCUGGAGAGAGAAAAGGACGUGAAAAGAGAGAGGGGGCAGAGGAAAUGGGGAAAGGAACCAAAUGGCGAAGAGGCAAACACAGACAAUAUGGAGCUGGUCAUAAAUGAGAGGGAGAGGAUGCAAUCAUCAGGGGUUCUGAGUGAAGAGGAGUUGAUUAAGGGAGUAAGGAGGAGGAUGGAGACGGAGAGGAAAAGAGGGAGCACAGUGAUGGGUGUAGCAGCCAGCAGAAAGGAUAGUGAGGAAAAAGAUAUGGAUAGCGACGUGUUUGUGCAUGUGAGAGCUGAUCUUUUUGUCAACGCUCGCUCUUGGGAGCGCGUCCGUGUGGCUCUGAGCACAAUGGGACCCCUCAAGCUUCAGUGCAGGUACCUCCGUGUGGAGGAGAUUUCAGUUUCAAGCAUCAGGAGCCUGCUAGAGCUUCUGCCACGCCAGGGUCUUCUGGGGGUCGAUGUUCGCUACAGCAGCCUCGGGGUGGCUGGCUUGGCUGAGCUGCUGCCUCUGAUCGCUACCUUCCCUGCACUGAACUCCCUCCGCCUGCACUACUGUAAUUUGGAUUUUCGCAGAGACCACCCUGGCCAAGAAGAGGCACUGAGGGACCUGUCACAGGGUUUGGCGCAGCUGCAACAACUGCGACGCCUCAGUCUCACUGCACUGCGCUUACCUGGACAACUGCGUGUGCUGCUCAGUUCACUGCCUCAGCCUCUAGAGAUACUGGAGCUGCCUUAUUUGAGCCUGAGUCCAGCCGACUUCGCCUAUCUGUCCUGCAGCCAUCAUGCUUCCACGCUACAGCAGCUGGAUCUAAGUGAAAACCGUCUGGAUGAAAUCACUCUGCCCUCUAUUCGCCGCCUCCUCUCUCAGGCCUCUAGCAGCCUGCAGCACCUCUCCUUGAGUGGCUGUGGCCUGACUGACGGCCUGCUGGGGCUCUUGCUGCCUUCACUGGGGGUAUGCUCAGCCCUCAAGAGCUUAGCUUUUGCCCUGAACCCGCUCUCCCUGGCUGGCCUCUUGGAUCUGGUGAGGACAGCGACAAGAAUACCCUCCCUCCGGCAUUUGCUGUAUCCCAACCCUCUGGAGGACUACCAGCCUGGCCUUCCUGACCUUCCCUCCAGUGCUCAACUCCUAGACUGGCCGCUGGAUGAAGCCACAGACAUCAACGCGACGAGCAGCCAACUCAACAAGGUGCUGAUAGACAGCGGACGCUCUGACCUCUUCCUGACGUGUGACCUACUCAAUUAUGAUAAAGACUUGUUGGACUAGAACAGAGGCCAAGACAAUAACACAGGUGCUUUUUGAAUUUGCUCAUGGACACACAGCAGAGCAAUGUACAUUAGCCUGACAAUCAAAUUGUCAUGUUAAAUAUGGUGUAUUCUUUUAAAAGUACUUAUCCAAUUUUUACGUUUUCUUUAUCAGCAUCUGUCUCAUGUCAAAUAAUUAUUUAUUUAUGCUUCUCUCUGUUAAAAACAUGUAAAUGGAACAAAGUAGCAAGACAGCAAUCUACAAUGCAGACAUCAGCCAAGGCUCUGUAAUAUCCCUGUUACCGUGGCACUAGGGAAAAGGUCAUUGGAUCAACAAAUUGAAGGGUUUAUUCUUGUUGGGAGCAUGUGAUCAGCCGAUAUUGUGUGUUUAUGACUUACGGUUUAGAGGCUAAUUUUGAAAAUGGAUUUCAAGGUUCGGCUCAAUGAGCUGACAGCAGAGCGUGAAAUAAGGUUUCUUCUUUGUGGAAUAUGGGAAUGUGCAGUUUUCAAGAUUUAUUGGUCACAUGCACUCAGACAGAAGGAGGUGAUGAUAUAACCUUACUUCUUGGCAGAGAUAAUACAGGUAUACAACACUUUAAUCAAAAGGUCAAUCAAUAUGUUCACUUGACGACUGUAUGAAUGGAAUUGGUGCAUAUUAAUCGCUGCUGAUUUUGUACCAAAAAUGAGUUCAUGCUUUACAAUCAGGUCAGCAAGAUAGUUGGGAAGUUUACACUCUGUCUGCCUACUUUUCUAUAUACGAGGUAAUUAUCCAAAUAUCUGAUGAGCUACUGCGUGCGUACUGCACAGUAACCAUUGUUCUCGUAUGUUUGAGUGUCUGACUUUAUGGUGAAUGUUUGCUAAAUAUUUGCAUAAUUUUCCUUAAAUAGGAAAUGAUUGUAACUGCAAAAUAUUUAGGUUCCUCUGACUUGCGUACUUAUUGACUGCGUUUUGUUUUUUCAUUCACUGAUGAUGUAUUCAUGUUUGUGCUGCUUUAUUUUACAAACUUGUCCUGCUAUAUUUCUUCAAUAUGUGUUUAAAAAGGGUAAGGAUUAUGAUUUUUCAACUUUUUUAAUGAGUCCUACGUACCACCAGCAUCAGGAAAUGAACGUACCAAAUCACUCUUGUACCACAUGAAUGCAUUUAUAUGCUGAUUCAGACAAUAAAUCAAUCCUACAGCAAA